AUGAGUGAGAUUAAUAUUGAAUCAUCUACGACUGAAUCUGUCGUAAUUUUAUCUGAAGUAUCAUCAACAUCAACACUUUCUUCACCUUCAUCAUUAAAUACGAUUGAUGAUGAAGCAAGACGACGUAAAAUCUUAAGUAAAUUAUGGGGCAAGGGUAAUAAAUUGUCACAUAAAGUACGAGAACUUGAUAAAAAUACUAUUAACAAUAAUAAUGAUUUAUCAAUUCAUAAUGAUAAUGAACAAAAACAAUUAGGUGAUAAUUCUAAUAAUCUUUCAUCAUAUUCUUCAACAAAUGAUCUAAAAUCAUCAAUAGAAGAUAGUUCGAACAGUAUUAAUAGUAGUAAACCAUUGGCUGUUGUAAAACCGAUUGUUGUUGUUAAAACGGGUCGUAUCGUUUCUUCUUCUAUUGAUCGAACACGUGUAAAUAGUGCAGCAUCAUCAACAAAUAUUACACAAAUAGAUGAAACAAUAACAGUGACUGAACGACAAUCAUCAUCAACAAUAACAACCGAUCAAACAUCAAAUAAAAAGAAAAAAAGUCAUAAAGAUAAAGAUUCAAAAAAGAAGAAAACAACAAGAGAUCAAUCAGUAGAACGAGAUCGAUCACAUCAUCAUCAUCAUCAUCACCAUGAAACGGAUAAAAGUAAGAAAAGUAGUUCAUCAUCAAAAACCUACCGACAAGAACAAAAUGAAGAAAGAUCGACUAAUGAUAAUCAUCACAAAUCUUCUCAUCAUCAUUCAUCUUCAACAACUUCUGUAUCUAAAACUAAUCGACGAUCACCAUCCGAUGAUAUUCAUCAUCCAAAUCGACAAUCAAGUCGAUCAACAAUAACAAAAAAAGAUGAAUCUUCAUCUACAAAAAAAUCAACAUUAUCCCCAGUUGAUCAUCAUCGUAAUAGUUCGAAAUAUGAAAGUAAUAAUACUCAUCAUAAUUAUUCUUCUCAUCGUCAUCGACGUGAAUCAUCAAUAACACUUUCUCCAUCGCCAUCAAAAACUCAUCAUUCAACAACAAAUAAAGAUCGAUUAUCAACAACAACAAAAACUUCUUCAUCACCUAAAAAAGAUGAUCGUAAUUCUACUACGCAAAUAAAAUCAAAUCGACAACAAAAUGAAUCAAUUUCGAAUAAUAAAUCAAUAAAUUCAAAUUCACCUACCGAUUUUCAUCGUCAUAGUUCAGACACGAUUGGUGGUGAUGAUGAUACUCAUCGACAUAAAACACGAACAAGUAAUGAAAAUUUAACAAAUUCUUCUAAAUCACAAAAAUCAUUAGAAAUAUCUCCUGAACAUCAUUCAUCAUCUUUUAUUAAACAAGAUAAAUCGAAAACAAAAGAAAAUAAUGACAAAAAUGAAUUAAAUCAAGAAAAAUCCUAUUCAUCACGACAUAAUCGACGAAGUUAUAGUCGACAUCGUUCAAAAUCAAAAGAAAAUAAAACAAAUCGAAAACAAAUUGAACCAUUAAAUUCUGAUGAUAGUUCUAAUAAUCAUAACAAAACAAAUAAUGAAAAAAAUUCUACAACAGUCAAUGAAAAUUGUCAUAAUGAUAAAAAAUCGAAUCAUCGAUCAUCUAUUCCAUCAUCAAAUGAUGAUUAUCGAAGAAAAUCUUCUUCAGAUUAUCAUCGAUAUGAUCGUCAUGAUUCACCUUCAAAUUAUGAUCGAAGACAUGAUUAUCGUCAUCAUCAUCGAAUUCCAUCAUCAUCAUCAUCUCAUUCAUAUUAUCCACAUACACAUUAUGUUCAUCAUCAUCAUCAUCAUCAUUAUCGAUCGACAUCAUCGAGAUAUUAUGAUCAUCGUCGUUCAAUAUCUCCUCGUUCUCAUCAACAUCGAUCAAGAUAUUUUUCUUCAACAUCUUCAUCAUUAUCUCUUUCACCACCAUCACGUCGUCGAAGUUCAACUCGAACAUCAUCUUCAUCAUCUCGUAGUCCAUCAUCUUAUUCUUCUAUAUCUCGAACAACAUCAUCAUCAUCACGUUCAUCAUCAAGAAAUAAUCAUCAUUAUUAUCAUCAUCAUCAUCAUGAAAAAAAAUUUCGUCGUUCACCAACACUUGAAAAAAUAUUUCUUAAAGCAUCAGAAUCAAUUGAAUCAAUAUCUACACAAAAAAAUCCAAAUAUAUCAUCAUCAUCAUCAUCAACUCAUUUAAUACCAAUUCAAACAUCAUCAUCAUCAACUAUUAAUUCUGAUAUACAAAUAUCAUCAACAAUAAAUUCACUUUCAGAAACAAAUACAUUUUAUGUUGAAAAUUUUUCAGGAUUUUCUGUUCCACCACCUCCAUUUAUAUCACAACCACAACAACGUUGUUUAAAAGAAAUAACAACUGAACCAAUAACAACAUCACGUCGUUCAGUAUUAAAUGAAGUUCAAACAUCCACUUCAACAACUCUUGAUGAAGUAAUACCAAUAAAAACUGUUCAAUUAAAUGAUAUUUCAAGCAAUGUUCGUUCUGGUUCAAGUAAACCACCACGAAUAUCUCGUUUUUCUGAUAUAACACCAUCAGUUACAUCUGAACCAAUAUUAAAUACGAAUUUAUCUGUUGAUACACCAUUAAAUUAUAUUCAAAUAAAUGAAAAUAUAAAUUGUUUACCAUCAUCACGUCGUCAACAAAAACGUCAUAAUCGUGAAGUAAUGGAAUGUGAAUGUACAACAAGUGAAUAUGAUCGUUCACGUGGUAUAAAAGCAUGUGGACAUGAAUGUCUUAAUCGUAUGUUAUUAAUUGAAUGUGGUCCUAUGUGUCCAUGUGGACAAUGGUGUACAAAUCGUCGUUUUCAACGACGUUCAUAUGUAAAUCAUAAAUUAGCUUUAUUUAAAACUGAAAUGAAAGGUUAUGGAUUACGAACAAAAACACCUAUACGUAAAGGUCGUUUUCUUGUUGAAUAUAUUGGUGAAGUUAUUGAUAUGGAUGAAUUAGGACGUCGAAAUAAAAAAUAUAAACGUGAUGGAAAUAUUCAUCAAUAUGUUAUGUCAUUAAUACAUGGAACAGUUAUUGAUUCAACAAUAAAAGGUAAUUGGGCACGAUUUAUAAAUCAUUCAUGUGAACCAAAUUGUGUUGCUGAAAAAUGGCUUGUUAAUGGUGAAUAUCGUAUGGGAAUAUUUUCUAAACGUGAUUUAAAUAUAAAUGAAGAAAUAACAAUUGAUUAUCGUUUUGAAACAUUUGGUACAUCUGAUUUAACAAAUGAAAAAUGUUAUUGUGGUGCAUCAACAUGUCGUGGUACAAUUAAUAUUAAAAAGAAUAAUAAUAAUUUAAAUCAACGACAAAAUCGUCAACAACAACCAUUAGAUGAUGAUGAUAUACUUGAUUAUUUACGUGAUAAUGAUACAAAUGAAUAUAUUAUACCAAAAACAAUUGAUGAUAUACGACAAUUAAUACAAAUUAUGUCAAGAACAGAUAGUGAAAAUGUUCGAACUAUUGAAUUAGAUCUUAUUAAAAAUAGUUCACAAAAACAAUUUGAAUUACCAAGAUUAUUUUUAGAAUGUAAUGGUUUACAUGUAUUAUGUUCAUGGAUGAAAGAUAUUUUAACUGAUGAUGAUGAUGAACAACAAUAUUCAAAUGAAUUUAAAUAUUAUUUAUUAGAUUUUAUUCAUUCGGUUCUACCAAUUAAAGAUCGUACAACUGUUAUUAAAAAUGGUUUACUUGAUUUAGUUUACAAAAAAUUAAAAUUACCAACAUCAACAAUAGAUAAUAUUAAUAAUAAUGAUCAAGAACAAAUUAAUAAUUUAAUGAAUUCAAUACUUAAUCAUCUUGAUGAUACAAUUAUCUC